GUCUGACGUCAGAGCAGUCACAAGACCGGGUUCGUGGAGCAGAGUGUGUUGAGACCGCAGGGCUGUAGGUCCACAUUUUGUGUUAUGUAGCGUCUCCGAGGCAGAAGUGGCGCCAUGGCCGCCGAGAAUCAACGCUUACAGGGUUUCUGGAGGAGAACGGGCGACGUUUUUCCUUAACUUUCUCCUAGUUAUCACAGCGGAAGAAUAAAGCACUCGGAGGCUGUGGUCAUAUCAGCGGGAGGCAUUGUCUGGGCGUGCGUGGCGGCUGUUGUCUGUCUGGGUAGCUCAGCCGCACAUCUCCAGCCUCGUUAGCAAACUAGCAAGUCAAUAUAAUAGUGUGCUCGCGUCGACGCUGAGCUAGCAGGACUGCUAGCUUGGCCGGUUUUUUCGGUGGGAGCAGGUGUCGUAGGUGAUGUUGUCCGUGCUGUCGUACGGUAGACUGGUUGCCAGAGCUGUCAUCGGCGGACUUUCUCAGACAGACAGCCGUGACUACAGUCUGGUGACAGCGAGCUGCGGUUUUGGAAAGGAUUUCCGCAGAGGGAUCCUGAAGAAAGGGAUGUGCUAUGGGGACGACGCGUGUUUCAUUGCCCGACACAGGUCUGCCGAUGUUUUGGGUGUGGCGGAUGGUGUAGGUGGUUGGAGAGACUAUGGCGUGGACCCAUCGCAGUUUUCGGGUACACUGAUGAAGACAUGUGAGAGGUUAGUGAAGGAAGGACGCUUUGUACCCAGCAACCCGGUGGGAGUCCUCACAACCAGCUACUAUGAGCUACUGCAGAACAAAGUGCCACUACUGGGAAGCAGCACGGCCUGCAUUGUGAUUUUGGACCGGCAGAGUCAUCGGCUGCACACGGCCAACCUGGGAGACUCUGGCUUCCUGGUGGUCCGGGGAGGGGAGGUGGUCCACCGCUCAGAUGAGCAGCAGCACUACUUCAACACCCCCUUCCAGCUGUCCAUUGCUCCCCCAGGGGCUGAGGGGGCCGUCCUCAGUGACAGCCCUGACGCUGCAGACAGCACCUCCUUUGACGUACAACUGGGCGACAUCAUCCUCACUGCCACUGAUGGGCUCUUUGACAACAUGCCAGACUACAUGAUACUGCAAGAGCUGAAGAAACUCAAAAACACAAACUAUGAGAGCAUUCAGCAGACGGCCCGCAGCAUCGCAGAGCAGGCCCAUGUGUUGGCCUAUGACCCCAACUACAUGUCACCUUUCGCACAGUUUGCCUGUGACAAUGGACUGAAUGUAAGAGGAGGAAAACCAGAUGACAUCACAGUACUGCUCUCCAUAGUGGCUGAGUACACUGACUAGAGUCUGCACGGAGUAUCCAUCUGCCGCUGCAGGUGAUGGACUGCUUUGAUUCCUGCUGGCCAGGAUGUACAGCUAAUGUCUGCUUCCCCCACACCUAAAGGAUCUACUCUGCCUCAUCCACCCACCGUCUCCCCCACUUGGCCAACCCCACACAUUUAAAAACCAACAAAAGAAAUCCUUCAACAUGCCCUUUUCUCUGUCGUUUUCUACAUCAGACAGUGGCCAGAUAAAUCCAACUAAAGGCCAGACACCCUGUUGGCCGGGCUGCAGUGUUCCAAUGCUCACCAGAUAAUCCCAUUGGCUGGGAUCAUUGGGCAUGCUGAUGAGGAUAAGUCAGCCUCUUCUGAUAGUUGCCGCAGGAAAGAAGCUGCAAUUCAGAGAAGACGGAUGCUGACAUAGCCCAAGAGUGUGUGUUAGCAUGUGAAUGUGGCCACGUACUGGCCUGCCGAACAGAACUAAACAGUCCUCAAGAAGGGAAGCGCAUGAGAAAUGGCAGCAUUAAGGCUCAAUAAAUGGGUCCGUCUUGUGCAAGCACUUAAUAAUACAGUGGUACUUAGGAAGCCUUUAUGAAAGGGACUGGAAACUUGUACGAAAAGGCAGGGAGCAUAUGUUUGAUAUGAAUGGUAUGCUGUUCUGGGAUGUUACAUUAAAUGUUUGCAAAAACAGAAACAAAACAAGUGUGAUAUGACAUGGGUUUACACAGAUGGUUUGUUUCUUGUGGCAGGAUAAUCCAACAAGAUUUCAUAAAGAGUGGCAGCUGCCUUUUCCAUACCAGUUCAAGUAUUGCACAUAUUUUGUAACUUAAGAGUAUUUUGUAGCUCAAAAGCCUCUCAAGAUAAAUAUAUGUAUAGUAUAAA